GUAACUUUCAACCAAGUGAAAAUCACCGUCAGAAGGAAAAGAAGAGAAAUCAGAUUAUUGUGUUUGGCGCCGGGAACUUGAUUCUUGAGAGAGAGAGAGAGAGAGUGAAAGAGAGAAAAAUCAGUGUCUGUUUUUGGGGAGUGAGAAAGAGAUGGACGCCGCCAACGAUCCGUUGGACUUCGAGUUUGAAGAACUCCGUCAAGCCUCUCCGCCUCUCACCAAGAAAAAGAAGAAACUCAUUUAUUUGGAUGAUCUAUUGGCGGAUUUUGAGAAAGAGCAAAAGAGGCUCAAUGAGAGAAAAUCGAAACAGAAAAAGGUCCGAAAGGUUCGUGAUGCGGAUGAUGAGAUUGAUGAUGCUACAGAAACCCGACUGUCCGAGUGCGUCGACAAGUGCCAAAAAGAGAUAAAUCAAAUAAAUGGUGAAGAAGAAAUGCCCUUCUGGGGCAUUCAGGUGUUUGGGAGUCAGGAAAAGCUGCCACAGCAGGAGUACCCAGAGCUGAAAAGUUCUGUUCUCCUGCAAUCUUUUGUGAAGCAUGAGAUCAAUUCACUGGUUGAGGUGAACAUUGAGAAAGGGGAAGAUUUCCUUGAAGGAUUGUUGGUGGAUGGGUGGCUAUUGCACCUUGUAUAUAAAUUCGGUUGUGUUGAAAAACCCAUUGCGAUGUGGACUUUUAACUUAAUGUUAUAUUCAUCAAAGAUAAGGUUGGUGGAAGCUGCAUGUGAGUUCUGGUGUUCUGUUCUCUCACUUAAUGGGAAGGCUGAUUCUUCUAGCAUCAACAUUGACUGGUUACCAGGAUAUUCAGAUCUAAGAAGGGCUCUUCAAUCUUAUGGUUUCCUUCUGGGUUCACCUUCUAACUUUUCAUCAGACAUUGAUAUGGCUCCUGCUGAUUCUGUUACGGCAGGGCCACCACAAAACAUUCGUUCUUGGAUAAAAUGCAUGGCUUUUUGUUGCCACGUAAGGUAUGCAUCUAUUAUUGUUAGAGCACAUUACGUUCUCUCAAUUCAAGAAGCGGAAGAAUUGCUAGUUAUAAUUAUUUCUCUAUUUCUAGAUCGACAACUACUAGGCCUGUCUAUGGUAUUGAAUGAGGCAAUGCUCUCACUAAUAAAUUUCUUCAGAGACGAGGAAUGGCCUGACAGCUGUAAGAAAGUCGCAAAAUCUCUUGCUCACAGAUUGCCUUGCAACAUUAAUUGCUUGAGAGUGGUGGAGAGUAUAGUGGGAGUUGAUGGACGAAGUAAGCAGCUUAGGAGUGCAGUGGCAUUCCAAUUUCUGGUGACAUGUUUGGACGAGAAGGUUUUUGAUGCAGAGGACAUCCUGAGGUUGCUAGUUUCUUUAAAUGUAAAAGACAAGAAUUGUGAUCUUUUCAAAAUAUAUAUAUACUUGAGUCUGGUGGAGAACUGGCUGUCGUUUGAUGCCAUGCUAAAAGAUAAAGCAGAAAUACAUGAGUUAUGGGCUGUUUUUCUCCGGAACUGCUCUUGCGGAAUAACUAUCACUGACUUGAGAUCUUAUGCUUCAAAUGUCCGUAGUAAAGCUUCAUAUCUCCUUCAAGGCAGCACAAGCAAGUGAUUUCUUACUAUAUGGGUAUGUAUUUGCAAUUUAAUAAAUACUACAAGAAGACUUGAAGUCUUGUUUUGGUCUCUAUUAGGUGUACAGGUUUACAUUAAUUGCUAAUGUAUCAUCGUCACAUGGAAAACUAGCGAUGUUGCUGGAAUUUAUGAAACAAAUGGAUCAUGCCUUGUCUUUCCUAGAAUAUACUGUGUAAUGUAGAGAAGGUUCAGUGACUAUUGAUAUUCGCAGGAGGCAAUGCUGAGGACGAAUUGAGACAAUUUUUCACAUAGAACUGAAGCAAGAAUAUGUUGAACCACCUUAAAUCCUGCUGAUAAUAUUUUACUACUUUCUCCUCCUGUUUAUCAAGUAGAAUACAAAUGAUUUUCAUCUGCUUCGGUCCUCGCCUUGGGCAUUGUCAGGAUCCAUCAUCUUCUUUCUGGCUUUUGUUAGCUUCCAUCUGCAUGUCUUGUAAGGCUGUUUACUAUCAUUUAUUAGCAUGUACAUGUACAUGAUUAAUACUGUAUAUAUGGUGUAUUUUUGCAUCUAA